UAGGAGUUUGGUAGUUUCUGAUCUGAGCCCCUUCAGUGGCAUUCACCCUAAGGUCCUGAGUCCUGGUGAUUUGUUACUGUUUAGUUUAUCCAUUUUCUCACAACCUUAUCUACUAAAACCUCAGUUUGGGUUAGCUUUACUGAUUUGUCCCUGGAAAGGUUUCUUACUAUAGUCAAAGUCCCUUCCUGCGACUGGUUUUAAGCUGCCUCUCUCCAUGGCUGACCUUCCACUACAGCUCCAGAGGACCAGGACAGUCCUAGAAGAACAGGGCCAGAAGGAACCUCAGGAGGUCACCCAGUCCAGCCUGCUGCUUUUGGCAGGAACAUCCCUGUCUAAUCCAUCCAGCCAAGCGUUAUUCUGACCUGCACUUAAACUUCCACUGAAGAAGACUGCACAGCCUCUCUAGACUCCAUGCCUGGCCUUGAAGAUGCUUGCUUCUCUCAGUGCCUCCAUUCCCCAUCUGCAAAAUAAAGGGCAACAGUACUGCCCCUUGCUUUCCACUCCGAGUGGGACAGUAUCUGCAAGAGCAGGCAUCAGUAGUUCUCGUGGGUGUCUCAUGAUGCUGUGUCGAGCUGCUCUGAGCCCCUGCUUCCACGCCCCUGGACGGUCCCUUCUCUUCUCACCAUGGUCCAUCGCAGCUAUUGCCCGCCCUUCUCUCCCUGCCCACAACUGGGUGCUGAAGAAUGGCUCUGUCCGCUGCUGGAGCAACAUCCCAUUCAUCACUGUGCCACUCAGCCGGACGCACGGCAAGUCGUUUGCUCACCGCAGUGAACUGAAGCACGCUAAGCGGAUCGUGGUGAAGCUGGGCAGUGCUGUGGUCACCCGUGGAGAUGAGUGUGGAUUGGCUCUUGGGCGGCUGGCAUCCAUUGUUGAGCAGGUGUCGAUGCUUCAGAACCAGGGCCGAGAGAUGAUGAUUGUCACCAGUGGAGCCGUGGCUUUUGGCAAGCAGCGACUGCGCCAUGAGAUCCUGCUCUCCCAGAGCGUGCGACAGGCCUUGCACUCUGGGCAGAACCAGCUGAAGGACAUGGCUAUCCCGGUCCUGGAGGCACGAGCUUGUGCAGCUGCUGGGCAGAGUGGACUGAUGGCUUUGUAUGAGGCCAUGUUCUCGCAGUACAGCAUCUGUGCAGCUCAGAUCUUAGUCACCAAGCUGGAUUUCCAUGAUGAGCAGAAACGCCGGAACCUGAAUGGGACAUUGCACGAGCUGCUGCGAAUGAACAUUGUCCCCAUCAUUAACACCAAUGACGCUGUUGUUCCACCUCCAGAGCCAAACAGUGAUCUGCAGGGGGUAAAUGUCAUUAGCGUGAAGGAUAAUGAUAGUUUGGCAGCACGACUGGCGGUAGAAAUGAAGACCGAUCUCCUAAUUGUUCUCUCGGACGUGGAAGGACUCUUUGACAGCCCCCCGGGGUCAGAUGAUGCGAAGCUUAUUGACAUAUUUUACCCGGGAGACCAGCAGUCUGUGACCUUUGGAACCAAAUCCCGGGUAGGAAUGGGAGGCAUGGAAGCCAAGGGAGGAGAAAACUCUAGAGCCUAUGUAAAGGCCGCUCUGUGGGCCCUCCAAGGGGGCACUUCUGUGGUCAUUGCAAAUGGGACGCCCCCAAAGAUCUCUGGCCACGUCAUCACGGACAUUGUGGAAGGGAAAAAAGUUGGCACCUUUUUUUCAGAAGUGAAACCUGCAGGCCCUACUGUAGAACAGCAGGCUGAAAUGGCUCGAGCUGGUGGCAGGACCCUGGCAGCAUUACAACCUGAACAGAGAGCUGAUAUUAUCUAUCAUCUUGCUGACUUACUGACAGACCAGAGAGAAGAAAUUCUGUUGGCAAACAAGAAAGACAUGGAAGAAGCUGAGAACAAAGGGAGACUGGCGCUUCCUUUGAUGAAGAGACUGAGUCUGUCUACGUCCAAGCUGAACAGCUUGGCCAUUGGUCUGCGCCAGAUUGCAGCAUCCUCGCAGGACAGUAUGGGCCGUGUCAUUCACCGGACGCAAAUAGCAAAGGACUUGGAAUUGGAGCAGGUGACAGUGCCCAUUGGUGUCCUGCUGGUGAUCUUCGAGUCCCGCCCAGGCUGCCUCCCACAGGUGUCUGCUUUGGCCAUUGCCAGUGGAAAUGGUUUAUUGCUGAAAGGCGGAAGGGAGGCAUCACAUAGCAAUCAGAUCCUUCACCACCUGACACAGGAAGCACUUUCUAUCCAUGGGGUCAAAGAUGCAGUGCAGCUGGUGAAUACCAGAGAGGAAGUAGAGGACCUCUGCCGCUUGGACAAACUGAUAGAUCUGAUCAUUCCACGCGGGUCAUCUCAGCUUGUUAGGGACAUCCAGAAAGCAGCUAAAGGGAUCCCAGGGAUGGGGCACAGUGAAGGGAUCUGCCAUGUAUAUGUGGACGCAGAUGCCAGUGUUGAGAAGGUCACAAGGAUAGUCAGAGACUCAAAGUGUGACUAUCCUGCUGCUUGCAAUGCUCUGGAGACGCUCUUGAUUCACCGGGACCAGCUGCGAACCCCACUGUUUGAUCAGAUCAUCGACAUGCUGAGAGUGGAGCAGGUCAGUGAGCACCGCCUGUUUUGCUAUGGACAAUUGCUAGCCUUUAGGAGUCUGGCUGGGACGUUAGAGGCAUUUGCAGUAGCGCUAUGGUAUACAGAAAUGGGCUUCUGGGGCCCUGCUCCCCCAACCCUCAGGUUCUGCCUAGAGAUGAACCUGGUGUUGCUGAGCUGUGAUGUGCAUCGCGGUCCUUCUCUGGUGCUGCUUGUAUUCCCUUUCUCUGCUGUGUCUGGAAGCAGAAGCUUUUGGUCCCGACUCUUCAUGUCCUGGUGCUAGUCCACCAGAUCGGCCCCUCUUGUGCUUGAGGUUUGUCACUCGUCUUUAUCUUAACCACACUCAAGUCCCUUCUUUGUUUUUGCCCCCUGUUUCGCACUGUUUCCUCCCCCCAGACUUACCCCACACCCAUGCUUGUCAACCUGUCCUUGGUUCUGCCUGUUCUGCUUACCUCGUGUCUAUGCAGGAUCUACAGAGCGAAGCUCUCGAACGACUUUCUCGGCAUCCUGCAGACAUUGCAGUUCCAGCAGCAUCUGUGCAGGAGUCUUUGUAGUUGUGUGCUUAAUUUCUCUGGGCUCCAGAGAGCUGUAGGACCGGUGGGGAUCGAGGGACUAUUAACUACAAAGUGGCUGCUGAGAGGGGACAAUCAUGUUGUGUCUGACUUCUCAGAGCAUGGGAGCAUGAAAUAUCUUCAUGAGAACCUCCCCAUCCUUCAGAGGAACACCGACUGACAGCACCUGAGAGCCCAGGAGUGCGACAGGUUUACUGAGGAUGCUCAGGCUCCAGAGCUGCCUCUGGGGAGGAGUUUGUACUUGCCCUCAGGUGAGUUGUCUGCUCUGGCUCCCCCGGGGGGUUAGACACUGUGCAGUAAAAUGAAGAAAAGACAAUUGUGUCUGUCUGAGAGUUCCUGCUCCUACUCGCCGUUAGCGCCAUGUAGCAACAAACAUAGAGGCUGCAAGUAGACACCUGUUCCCAGAGCUGGGUCCUCAGACCAUCCCAGCUGCACAGUGAGACUCUCCCCUUUGCAUCCCUUUCUCUCCCUUGCUCCUUUGGUAAACCACCUUUACUUGCUUUGGGGUGGACCUGUUCCUUUCUCUUAAUAUCUUCCUGUGGCACUUGGCCAUCUCAUCCUGGUCUGAAGGGCUUUGUUUCUGAGAAGACUUUGUAUUGCCGAGCGUGUUCCCUUUCCCUGCAGUCCUAGCAUCUUGGCAGCUCUUGGAAGGGCUGGAAUGUUCUGACACUUACUUUGCACUUAAAUGUUAGGUAAAUCGAUGAAUAAAUGUUCCAGCGGCAGAAUGCUUUGACCAAGAGAUCCUUUUUAAUGUUUGAUUUCUUUUAAUUACAGAUAAAUGUAGAUAAAUUUCACAACUGUAAAUGUGGAUUCCAUUACCCUUUUAUGAAUAUUUGUACCAAAUAUUUUUGUUCAUUGUUUUAUAUGAAACUUUAUCAUCCCCACAGGAGAAUGGAAAUGGUAUUUUAACUCCAUGUUUUUCAAAAUAAAGUUCUUGCAAAAUGA